UAGCCAUUUAAAUCAUCUCAAGACUGACUUUACAGCAAAACGAGUAACGUUAAAGUGUUUAAAUCAAGUUCAUAGUUCAUGUCCGCUGCAUCAGAACCUUUACGUGUUGCUCCUUAAUAGGGACUAAUGUUAGCCUGUAGGUAAAAUUAGCUACUAAACAUCAACAGGAAGUAACGUUAACGGACUAAGUUAGCUAUAUACUCCAAUGUCGUGCACUGUGAGUUCUUCAGGCAUGAACUGUACCUUAGAGAAGGUCCUGGCAGAUGCCAAAUCGUUAGUGGAGAGGCUUCGUAACCAUGACAACGCAGCUGAGAUGUUGAUCGAACAGACAACGUCGCUCAACAAGCGAGUGGAGUCCAUGCAACAGUACCAAGAGGAGAUUGACUCAUUGAACCAGGUAGCGCGCCAUCGCCCUCGUUCUAGUCUGGUCCUGGGAAUCCAACAGGAAAACCGUCAGAUCAGAGAGCUUCAGCAGGAAAACAAAGAGCUACGGACGUCGUUAGAGGAACACCAGUCUGCAUUAGAGCUCAUCAUGACCAAAUACAGGGAGCAGGUGUUCAGGCUCCUCAUGACCAGCAAGAGGGACGACCCCACCAUCGUGACCCAGCUGAAGGAGCAGCACACCACGGAAAUGCAAGCACACAUAGACAAGAUCAAUGAGAUGGCCUCUGUGAUGAGGAAAGCGAUAGAGGUGGACGAGGGACGAAUAUGUGAAGAAGAGGAGAGGAUUAAACGGCUAGAGCUGGAGAACAUCGGACUCCGAGAGCUGCUGGGAAUCAGUCGCGAGGCUUUCCUGGUGCUGAAGAGAGAAGACGCAUCAGAGAACACGUCACUGUCGCCGUUGCUGACCAGCGCUGAUGUCAGCUUGCGAAAGAGUUAGAGAGCCCAUGGUGACUGCCCACCCCCAAUCUCCCAUGCCGCUGCCACUACUGUGUACAGUUUAUUGCCACACACCACUUCCUCUUUCACCCUCCAGAUUCUUUCAGCGAUCCUCUACCUUCUCCUGGAGCAUUUACAGCAUGAUGCUGCAUCGCUGCAUCGCCGUCUGAGGAUUCAGACACAAGCAGUAUGAACACGUGUGUUAUGUUUGCUAAUGUUGCCAGCAUGCAUCUGUGGUGCUGUGGUGCCUGCUAGGUUUUAAAAGUGAAUGGGUAAAAGAAAGAUUUGAGAUGAAAUAAAUCUGUAAACAAGAAA